AGCAGGGUAGUUCGCGGCCGUGCGGUAGAGGCCGCGCCCGCUUCCACGUUCCCUCCUAAAUAUUCCGCAUUGCACUCCAUCAUUGCUCACCAAUAUCGAACCUAAAAUGCAAUUACCAAAAAACUGCAAGUGACGCGUCCUUGACCAGUGUUUCGAGCAAAAGUGCGAGCGAUUUUGACACAUGUGGCAGAGGGGAAUAAGAUUCAAUACCGCUUGGCACAAGCCUGGAUAGCUCAGUGAAAAACAGUCCUUUGUGCGCCGGAAUGACACGGCACUUCAUUGGCAUGUGACGCGGGUGCAGUGAGCGGCAUGCGAGGCGAGCGCUCGAAGCGGGCGGCCGGCUCGCUCGCCGCGCUCGCGACGCUCCUAGCACUCAGCUUGCCUCAGCUUGGAUAUGCUGAACUUACAUCUAACGACCCACUAAGACGGGGUCUGUACGGUGACCUGUGCUCCACAAUCGAGGACUGUCACUUUCCGGACGCGAUAUGCGACGACGUUCAGAAGACAUGCCACUGCCACCCUGACGUGCCAAUCAGCAACUACAAGGACAAGUGUGGGAAACCUGCGAGCAUCAACGAAACAUGCAUGUUUAACGAACAAUGCGAGGACGUGUACUUCAAGACAGAAUGCAGGAACGAACGAUGUGCUUGCAAGUUCGAGAUGGUGCCCGAGGUCACGGUCGAUGGCUCCGUCAUCUGCACGUCGGUGAAACCAGUGGAGGAGUCGACGAGGACCCUGGAUCCAGCUAUGAUCGGAGUCCUGGUCGGCAUGGCGCUCAUGUUUGUAAUCAUCUGUGUGGUACUGCGGCUGUUUAGCAGAGCGAGAUGGCGAGAAAACCGAACGAUCUUCAAUACGCCCAACCCUCGACUGAUGAACGUGUCCUUGCUGAGAGACUCCAAGCUUUUGCAUUCACAGGAUCGCCGUGGUUCUCGCGUUAGUGUUCGCCCUCCGUCGAGGCAGGCGAGCCAGCAGGAGCUGAGACCUCAUUCACCAGGUCCAGCACGCCACCAUCAAAGUCAUCAGCUACACCGAAAACCCUCAGGGUCUCGGCGUGGAUCCAGAGCUAGUAGUGGACACUCCGCAACGUCCCUACGAUCGGCAACUCUUAGAUCCCCGACCACCCCAGGACCAACAUCAGUCACCGUCGAAAUUCGCGCACCAGAGGUGUAAAAGGAAAGUGACGAUAUCAAAAAUGUUAUCAAUGAUUAGAAUGAUGAUAUAAAACAUCAGAAUGAUAAAGAUAUGUUAAGGGAUGAUGUAAGUAAAGAUUGUAAACAUACAUUCGAGAUAAUGUGUCAGAUAAAUGAGAAAAGUACUGUAAAAACCAGUCCAUCGUUUAAAUUGUUUGUGAUAUAUAAUUAUACCGAUGGUUCAACAAAUAUUUAGGCUUAUAUUCAUCCAUUUUAUAGCAAUAAUAAUGCACUAUAUCUGUCGUUAAUUCAGCCACUUGGAAAGUGCCUCAAAUUACAUACAAUUUUGAAAUCACAUGAUUAUAAUUUUGGUAAUAAGAUAAAUAAUAAAAUUAAUAACACAAACUUAGUAAGUAAUGUUAAAGUAAUAGUUAAUGACACAUUCACAGCCGAUAUAAGAUCACGUUUAAUAGAUGUAGUGCACAGUUCAACAAUUCAUAGAUUUAAAAGAAACUAGGUUUAAUUGCGUAAGCUUUUUUAGCAAUAAAAAAGGAGGCUUUUUGGCAGACAUUUUGUAGUUUGAUAGUUUUAAAUUGUCGAUUAUUAAUAAGUAAGUCAAGUAACGGCUUGUUCUUCACUAUCCCAUGUAAGUACAUAUGCUAGAUUCUACUCCCUGCCUUAGGAAUAACGUAUAGCUUACAAAAUAAGCAUCGUGUAACUAAAUAUUUAUUUACGGGGACCAUCCUCCACGUGGGAGCGAUCAGAAUUUUGAACGGUGGAUAUUUUAAUAAAAAUGGUGGGAAGCUUCGAUGCCGCUUUCGAAAAUCUACUAUAAGACUUUUAAAUUUUAGCUUUAAGAACUAUAAAAGCUUUUCUUUUAAACCAUUUCUAUGAGAGAGAGUUGUGAAUCGAAAUUAAGAUUUCAUUACUUACUGAGUUCUUUAGUAUCGUUAGUCUCUAUCUAUGUGUAAAAAGGGGAAAUUUACACAGAGUAUAAAUAUUAUCUAUAUCUACUUGAUAGGUUACUUCAUUGCACCUCUGAUGCUUAGACCAAAUUUUAUGCAAUGCGCACAAAAUGUGAGUACAUUUAGUGGUUCAGCAAUAAACUAUGUACAACUGCGAGAAGCAUAAGAGAAAAUGUAUAGAAAAAUAUAUAAAUUAUAAAAAAAAUAACAUCAUGUUCAUUAAAUACGUAUGGGAAAUACUUCAAUUAAGGGGAAGAAUUGACGUAUGGCCGAUACUGGAUCAUUCACUAUGGAAAGAUUAAUUAAAUACUCUAAGCUAUUGUACCUACUUUAACAUGAUAAAAUAUGCUCACAUUGUGAAAAAUGUAUUUCGUACACUGUGCUAGAUAUUAUGUACCUACUGAAAAUUUACGCUGUAAUUUAAUUAUAUAAACUUUUAUUAUAAUAUAACUUAUACUUCCCAA